AUGUGGCUCACCGAGGUCAUAAUCGAUGGCUUCAAGUCGUAUGCGGCCCGUGAGGUCGUUUCCGGAUUCGACAUGUCCUUCAACGCCAUCACAGGCCUUAAUGGCACGGGAAAAUCGAACAUCUUGGAUGCCAUCUGCUUCGUGCUCGGCAUUACCAACUUGACGCAGGUUCGAGUGAGCAAUUUGCAGCAGCUCGUCUACAAGCAAGGCCAAGCGGGCGUCACCAAGGCGAGCGUAACGUUGGUCUUCAACAAUGAAGAUAAAGAGAGGAGCCCCAUCGGAUAUCAACAGUUCAACACCAUCACCAUUACUCGCCAGAGGAGCAGCCAGGUGCUGGUGCUGACUGUCAGUUUCCUCUGA